AUGUCGAUUGUGGAUCUGCUCAAUCCAUCGAUUGGCCCCACUGCCACCUCGUACAGCGACGACGACGACGAAGACGCCGAGGGAAAAGGAGAUCGUUGUGACGAAAACACCUUGAAGCAAGAGGACCUGCAACGAAGGUUGCGUCAUGUCCAUGGUAAUGAGAAGCUCGCGACUUCAUGCCAAGACGACGAGUCCAUACAUAGCGACGAUACAGACGACAGUGCGUUCCAGAAGCGGGGGCUAUCCUGCUCCAUCAAGACGUGCCCGAACAAGGCGGUUAGCAAGGGUCGGUGCAUUUCCCACGGGGGUGGGUGUCGAUGUAAAGUGCCUGGCUGCAAGAACGGCGCCAAGAUGUACGGGCUGUGUCACCUCCACGGUGGUCGCAAGAAGUGCAAGCACCAAGGAUGUGGCAAGUUCGCAAAGAGUCUUGGUCUUUGUUGGGCGCAUGGCGGGAGCAAAACAUGUGGCCACGAAAUGUGCGAGAAAGGGGCGCUCAAGGGCGGGUUUUGCUGGGCUCACGGCGGAGGCAGGCGGUGUCGAGCCCCGAGCUGUCAGAAGCCCGUCAAGACUGGCGAUGUUUGUAGUAUGCAUCAUAACCUGUCCAACACGUAG